GAAAAAUCCAACAAACAAUGCAAGGGCGAACAACAUUUCUUUUGAUCACCACAUUGAUCAUUUCUCUGUUUCUUUGUGUAGUGUUGGCACAACAUCAAGAUGAACCACAACUUGUUACCAUACGAUAUGCACCAAUCACAAUAGUAAUCCAUGGAGGUACCAUCGUAACGCACGAUCUUGAAUUCAAAGGAACAGUAGUUAUUAAAGAUGGAAAAAUUGUUAAUGUGCUUCAUGAUGAUCAAAGUUACGAUCACAUUCUAAAACAAGAAGAGAAGGAGGAUCGUCAAGUCAGAUUAAUUGAUGCUUCUAACAGAUAUGUAAUGCCUGGAGGUAUUGAUCCUCAUGUCCAUUUGGCACUUAAAUUUAUGGGAACAAUUAGUAAGGAUGACUUUUAUCACGGAACAAGAGCUGCACUUGCAGGAGGAACCACCAUGAUUAUGGAUUUUGCAAUUCCAGCUAAAGGAGAAACUUAUCUUGAUAUUGUCAAUGAAUAUAAGAGGAGAGGAGAAAAAUUGGCUUGUGCAGAUUAUUCAUUCCAUGUUGGAAUUACAGGAUUUAAUGAAAAUACUGCUCAACAAAUGAAAGAACUUGUGGAAAAUCAUGGAAUUAAUAGUUUUAAAUUCUUCAUGGCUUAUAAGGGAGUUUUCCAAGUCAAUGAUGAGGAAUUAUAUAAUGGAUUCAAGACUGCCAUGAGUAUUGGAGCCAUUUCUCAAGUGCAUGCAGAGAAUGGUGAUUUGGUAGUAAAAGGCCAAACAAGGUUGUUCAAUGAAUUUAAUAUUACAGGACCUGAGGGCCAUCCACAAAGCAGACCUUCAAAUGUUGAAGCUGAGGCUGUUCGACGUGCCUCUGAAAUUGCCUACUCUGUUGGUAAUGCUCCAUUAUAUAUUGUUCAUGUCAUGAGUAAGGAAGCAAUGGAAGAAGUUGCUCAUGCUAAAGCAAAGGGCUAUAGAAUUGUUGGUGAGCCAAUCGCUGCUGGUUUAUCACUUGAUGACAGUGUAUAUUAUAAGGGCAGUUGGAUGGAUAGAGCAAGAUUUGUCAUGUCACCUCCAAUUAGAGGAAUUGAGGAUCAAAAGGCGCUUAUUGCAGGUCUUAAGAAUAGAAUUCUUGAUUUAACAGGAACUGACCACUGCACUUUCGAUAGUGAGCAAAAAAAGAUGGGUCUUGGUGAUUUUAGAAAGAUUCCAAAUGGUGUCAAUGGCUUAGAAGAUAGAAUGUCAGUUCUCUUUGAUAAACUCGUAGCAAGUGGUGAAUUAUCUCCAAGUGAUUUUGUUAGAGUUACCAGCACUGAAGCUGCUCAAAUCUUUAACAUUUACCCACAAAAAGGAGCUAUUCAAGUUGGAUCUGAUGCUGACAUUAUCAUUUUGAAUCCAAAUGCUACAAGAAUCAUCAGUGCUAAAACACAUCAUCAAAACAUUGACUAUAAUGUCUAUGAAGGAAGACAAGUAACAGGAGUUGUUGAAGUGACAAUCUCUAAUGGUAAAGUUGUCUGGGAAAAUGGUCAAUUAAAUGUGGAAGCAGGAAGUGGAAGAUUCAUUCCUAACAAACCAUUCGGUAAAAUGUUCAGAGGUUUACAAAGAGAACAGGAAACUAAGGCUCCAAUAAAAGUUUAAUAUUUCACAUU